AUGGCUUGCACCAUCGUUGAAUCAGUUUCGAGUUCUAUCCAAUAUACACGAGAAACAAUGCCCGGUGCGCAAUAUUACGAUGGUAAGAAGUUAAAUAUCCCAAUAUCAAAAGAGGCCGGAAUUGAACUAAUUGAACGAUGGACUCAUCAGGGGAUCAGCAGUAUCAUGGCUUGUAUUGCCACUCAACAGUCAGUUUUUCAUAUGACCUGCAAUCUCAUGCAAAGAGGAAAUUGUUUCUUCUUGGAAGUUUGA